UACGGCUUUUAGCUUUAACAAAAUAAUACGGCACCCUCCGACCACCGAAACCUAAUGAAAUGUAUAACUUAACUUACAAGCUUUCUUAUCACCACUAGUCGAACGAUUCAUAUGAAAUACGAUUACCGCCUUUCACGUGCUUUCACCUAGCUUUGGUCAUAGAACAUAAUGUUCUAUGGAAAUACUUGGGUUCAAUCAAGGUCGUACCCAUAGAAAAGAGAAUAAUAUUCUGUUGGUUGUACUUAUAAUGAAAUAAUUUUAAAUCAUGUUAAAAAUUUUAAGAAGUCAAUGUUCUCCUUUCAUUGUACAAAUGCACUACCUAUCUGGGAAAGUAGUAAACAAACAGUUCACGAAGAACACAAAACCUAUACUACUUUAUAAAGCCAAAUCAAACUCUUGCUCACUUAUUCAAAAUCGCAGUUUUGCUGGCACGUCUCCACCAGUAAUUACAGAUAUUAAUUAUGAAAAAUUGAAAGAUUUUAUCAACCAAAAUGACGUAUUAAUUAUUGAUGUACGUACUAAAGAAGAAUUAGCUGCCACAGGAGUUUUACCAAAUAGCCAUAAUAUUCCACUCGAUGAAUUAAAUACUGCAUUUGAAUCUGCACCUGAAAAAUUCUUAGAAAAUUACAAUAUUCCUAAACCAGAUAAAGAUCAAAAAAUUGUUUUUUCUUGCGCUAAAGGAAUAAGGAGUUUAAAAGCAUGCCGUUAUGUUGCAGACUUGGGUUAUAAAAAUCUUUUCAAUUAUACCGAAGGAUGGUUUGGAUGGGAGUCACACAAAUGAAAAAUAUAUACCAUUUAUAUUUUAUUGGUCAGUUCUCAGUGUAUGUCCUUAUAGCAAGUAGACUGUUAUUGUUUUAAAAUUGUAUUUUUUAUUUAUGAUUAAAUAACAAUAUUCAACGUUAUACAAACCUAAA